UUGUUGGCCAAUCAAGAGAGGGAUAAGUAAGAAGAGGACGUCAGGCUGGCUCAGGAACUGCAUAAAGUGAAAGUUCCUUCAGUGCCGCAAAUGGAAGUUGGAGAGCGCCCUCCUGGGGGUACGGAGCGGUUUCGUUGAUGAGAGAUGCCCCAGGGGAAGAGGAAGAGAUCUGGAGAUAGAGUACAAGCAUUUUUUCCAGAUGAGGUGUGGUCCGGAGGGAAAAAGUCAACCGGAGGGCAGCCAUUGCAGCCAUUUUCCCUCAGUAAAGCAUGGAAGAGAUGUGGGGAUGGAUUUUACAGCUGCCAAGAAGAAAAGGCAGCAGCUUCAUCGGAAAGAACUACUCUGCUUGGCAAGCCCAUAGCACACACCCCUGUUUAUGAUGAAGAUUGUAACGAUAACAAUCCUGCACGUAUUGUGUGGAGCUCCAGUGACAGUGAGUUAUCAAACGAUGGAAGUAAAGAAUUUAAUUCCCGACUUGGAUUUGCUAGUCGAUCCUCUCGCAAUAAGGGAAAAUCAUACUCCAUGGAUUUGUCUGCCUCUAUGAAGCAAUUUAAUGAUGAUGUCCCUGAGAUCACUGGCUGGCAAUAUGAGUGUGAUUCUGAAGAGGAAAAGAGGACAUUUUCAGAUGCAGCUGAAAGUGCUGUAGAAAUAUCUGAUCCUGAGUCCUUAUCCAGCAAAGCUACUGAAUCCCAGCUACUGAAAGGGGCUGAAUCUUCUAAAGUUAUGGCCAUGGAAAUUGCAGAGUAUUCUUCAGAUGAUGAAUUUGACGAAAGCUAUGUACCCAUUUUGCCGUCACAUUUUCCAGCAAGUAAUGAUGGAGAUGUUGUGUCUCCUACUGCAAAGCCUGCGAGUGAGUGGCUGAAAACAGCACAAGUCUUACUGCAAACCCCUGAGAAAAAAAUUGACAAGGCUUCCAAGACUCCGGAGGAUUCUGCCAAAAAGAGAAAAAGAUUUCUCAGGGGGGGACUUGCAGAAAGACUGAGUCGACUGCAGAACAGGGAGAGGUCUGCCAUUAGUUUUUGGAGACAUCAGUGUGAAUCUGAUUGCAAAAUAACUGUAGGUGCAAAAUCUGGUGUCCUUGUCUUAAAAAUAAUUCAGGUUCACGAAGAAUGUGCAAUACAAGUGGCCCAUUGCACACAGCAGAUAAAUGAUAACAAUAAAGAGGCCUUGUGCACCAAUGAUUCUAAUGACACAAGCCACCUGAUUGUUCUCUUCACCUGUCAAACAGCAGCACAGCUCCAAGUGAGACCACAUGAUAUAAUUCAUAUCCAUCCACCCUGGCAAAAACUCAAACUCAAAACUGAAGAUAAAAAUAUGUAUAUCAUCUUGAACACACAUUUUACCCAAAAAAUUAUACCGAACAAUAAUUCAACCAAUAAAGCAUGCAGAUAUGAAAUGGUUACUGUAAGAAGGAAAAAAUUGCCAUUGUCCAUAAUGUUUAAGAUUAAUGAGACCUGUCAUGAACAUGAAGUAAAGGAGCAGGUUCCACAUAAUCCUUCUGUACCAAAGCCUUUGCAGGCUGGGAGCAGUCAAAGGAAGCAGAGUACUAUGUACUUUAAAAAGAACGACUCUCUCCUGGAUGUGGUGGAAAGCCAGGGUGCUGCAGGGUGGAAGGGAGCUUGCCUCCGUGUAGUGGUCCAACGUGUAUACUGCCUUCCUUCAAAGAACAAGACUGGGCUGCACAAUGGAAGCAGUAAAAACAUUCCCUGUCAAGAAAAUAAGUUAAGAUCAGAUUUCAGUGUAUGUCUCCUCGUGCAAGAUGCUUAUGGGAUGUUCAGUGAGCUCCAUUUGCAGGCUGCAGAAUUGUCUGUAGAUCACAUUGAUGUCUAUAGCAAACGGUGGGAAGGCAAAACCUGCUGUCUCACUGGAAUGAAGAUCUUGCAAAGGACUACGAAAGGAAGAGCGCCCGGACUCUUCAGUUUAAUUGACAGCUUGUGGCCUCCUUUGGUGCCAAUUAAAGUUCAUGGGCAAAGCCAAGAUCAGCAGGUCCAAAACAACCUUCCAGUUCCCAGCUUCUGCUAUGUUCUAGCUGUGCAUGCAGAGGAAAUUGAAGAUGAUGAGGCAGAAGAAACCCCAGACUUAUACCUGCCACCUGCAGUUUACACUUUGAGAGAUAUCCAUCAGAUUGUUGGUCCAAGUCAACGUUGUAGCUUUUGUGGAACAGUAAUCUACAUAAGGCCUGAGAUUAGCGCAAACCCUGCUCCCCAACAAGAGAUGUGGAUUUUUGUCACUGAUAGUACUCUGCAGGAGGGAAGCUCUGCUGCUCCGCGAACACUCUCUGUAUGCAUCUCGCCUUCUUGCCUCCUGGAUAAUAGGGUUCAUCAAGCACUGUGCAACAAAUCACCAUGUGCUCUCCUCUUCAAAGAUGCCAUUAGAGAAAAUGGACGGGUCAUUUGUGUUGAACGCACAGUUCUCUCAGUACAAAAGCCCCUUUUAUCCUCUGCUUCUGGAGUUAAACAAGUGACUGACCCUGUCCAACUGGAUGAUCUGGAUUGUGCAGCCCAAGCCAACUCCUUGUGCGCAGUGCAAGGGAUAAUUACUGGAGUUAAUGAGAAAACCGCAUAUUCGUGGCCAGUGUGCAAUGAGUGUGGGAGCAACAAGUUACAGCGUUCCGAUGAGAAGAGAGAAGCAUAUCUUUGCAGCCAGUGCUGCCAGUAUACAAGCAAUCCAGAUAUUAGGAUGCAGCUGGAAGUGUUCCUGCGCUGUGAUUCCAUGCCAGGAUGUACAGUGAGGAUUAAGCUGCAGCAAGAAACCAUUUCACUUCUUCUGAGACUGAGCCCCAGUGUGGAUGGGUGCUAUGAGGUGAGCAACGUACUAGGAAUGAAGGUGGGACCAUUGAACUGCUAUGUCCAAUCUGCAAGCAGCCAACUGGGCCGAUAUGUGGAGCUGAAGGAAAUCUCUCUCUGGAAAGCAAACUGAAUGGUGCCUCAGCUGUAUAAACAGCCUGGACUUUGUCAUAUAGUUAUUAGUUAACCAUGCUGAGUGUGGACUGACUGUGGCAUGCAGUUAGAAGGGUUGGCAAGGAGUAUAAUGAAGUUGGACUUUAGCCCUACAAGGGCCCAGCAUGGUUGGUCACACGUGCCCCACUUACUAGGGAAGAAGACUUUUCCGCAGGGGCUUAAUCUCCGUUUGGCUUUUUAUUAACAUCUUUAAUAAAAACAUGUUGUGUGAGA